AUGGCACCAUUUGAAGCAUUGUAUGGCAGAGCCGGUAGAACUCCUGUUUGCUGGGAUGAAGUUGGAGAACGUAAAAUUACAGGUUCUGAGUUAGUUCAGCAGUCAACCGACGCUGUCAAAGUCAUUCGAGAUAAACUUAAGACCGCCCAAAGUCGUCAGAAAAGUUAUGCAGAUAAGUGGUGUAGGCCAUUAGAGUUCCAAGUAGGUGAGCACAUGUUCCUCAAAGUGUCACCAAUGAGGGGUACUUCGCGCUUUGGCAAUAAGGGAAAGCUAAGCCCAAGAUACGUCAGUCCCUUUGAAAUUUUGGAGCAAAUUGAGAGUUUGGCGUAUCAUUUUGCGUUGCCGCCAAGACUUGCUCAAGUGUAUGAUGUUUUCCAUGUGUCAAUGUUGAGGAAGUACAAACCUAAUCCAACCCACAUGCUGAAUUUCGAGAAAAUAGACAUGGACGAGAGAGUGUCAUACGUGGAGAAACCGGUUUGGAUAGUGGAUCAAAAUAAACAAAUGCUACACAACAAGACAAUCCCCUUGGUUAAAGUGGUUUGA